AACCAUUUAAAUCAUUCUGUUCACGACCGUUCGAACCGUUUUGAAAGUAAAGGUCAAGUGUACAUAUUGAUCGUCUUACAGCAUACUAAAGGGUUAAUGCGUGCUAUCUUAAAUCAUUUGAUUUUAUUUCCUAUGACAAGACUGGCUAGCAAACAUUGCGGGCUUUUGGCGCACUAUGUUCCUAGAAUGGUAGAAACUCGGAAUCAUUCUUCUUAUUCUGAUCCAAGCGUUUAUACAACGGAUAAAUUGGAAAUUGAUUGGAAAAUAAAUUUUAAUGCACAAACUAUCAGUGGUUCAGUCAAUAUCUUCUUGAAAAAAGUUUGCCCAGACAGCCUUAAUCCAAACAUUGUAUGUCUCUUCUAAAUUAUUUAUGAAUAAUAUCUAUUUGUCAAAAAUUCUAGAACGUUUACUUAAGGCAAACAGACUCACCAUUUUUUGAUUGACUGGCAGACUUACGUCAAGAAAAGCAAGUUAGAUCAGCUAUCUAUUUAUGGUUCGAAGCGAUUUCCCCUGAGUUAUCUUUAAAUUCUGUUUUCUAGCCAUAAUAUUCACCGAGUAUUGGGUAUUUCUUCCAGCGUACUUAAUAACCCUAUGCUUUGUGAUUUAGUGUCUUUUCUGUUAUAUAUUUACGCCUAAUUUCAUAAAAUUACUAUCAUUUCGCCGGUGUUGCUGGCACUUCUCAGCGACAAUGUAAUUUGUACUGAUAGACAUUGUUGUGCAUGUAUCUGUUACAGACAUUCGUCUGUUGACUGUCCCACAAGAUCAAAGCAAUUCUGGCAUUAUUUAUCAAUACGUUGCUGUCACUAUGUGUGUUAAGCCUUGUUCACUGAUUGUAAAAAGAGCUUAAAAUCAAAGAUUGUAAAUUCGUGAUAUGAAGUGGAAGAUGAUUAUAAUUGGCUGGGAUUAAAAAAGCAUAUUGAUCCGUUUGCUUACAAAUACAAAAGAAAUACCUUAGAUGCUGCUGUGCCGCAUCAUAAUAUAGCAUUCAGUUUGAAAGAAGGUGGGAAGUAUGUUCGAUGCUCAUUUCUACACUAUACUUCUACCUUUAACUCUGUUCCAAGACCACUAUUAGUAGGCGAAUUUUUCAGCGUUAACAAAUAACAGCUGAUUAUUUAUUUUAUUUAUUUGAACACAUAAGCAUUGGUACAAGGGGGCACCAGAUAUAUAUGCGCCACAGCUGAAUAACCAAUUAACUAUGUUCUUACUUUGAAAGAGAAUAGUAUGUUGUGCCUGAUGGAAAGUGUGUUCUGCCAUAAGGUACUGUUCUUUCUCUUCUUUUCCUUUCUCAUUUUUUCUUCACUAUUCUUCAUAUACAACAGGCACUUAUUAAGUAUGCAAAAUGGUCUCACUGUGUGUAUACCAGUUUCUUCUUCAAAAUCCUUUGGUAUGAAUCGGUUCUUGUUGCUCGUUGAACGAUAGUCUGAAAACAAUGUCACAGGUCAUUUAACUUAGUGAAAGUUUUUCCUCUGAUCUCUCGUGUUCUCUAGUUUUAAUAAUACAGCAGAAAAUUGUCCGUCUGGCUUAUUGUGUAAAGAGGCUACAUGCUUUCUAUAUUACCUAAUAUUUACUUUUACGAUAUGUAAAUUCUUGUAUGUUUCCUAUUAUAAUUCAUUGUCUCCCACUAUUUCCUGGGCUUUUAAGAAAAUAUUCUGCUUUGUUGCAUUGAGUGCUGAAGACCGUGAAUCCUUUAAUAUUAUUGCUAAUAUGGUUGUGGAUAAAAAUCUGAAGUCUUGGAAACGACUGCCAAGUAUUAUUCCAUCAGAUGCUAACCACACACUCCAUUUACAUCUUCAUCCUUGUAUAUUUUUUGAUAGGAAGAGACGCAGAUACAUUAGGAUCCACUCAUGCAGACAAAGUACAAAAGCUUUAAAAGACCGUACCUAACACAUACUAUACGACGAACAGGUCUGGCGCUUUAACCGGGUUGGUGGAUAUGGAGGGUUCACCUGGGGCAUUUGGAAAACCCUAAUUUCAAACCAAUACUGCAUAUGGGCUCCAGGAUCCUGAGGGAACAAAUGGCGUAUAAACCUAUUGUUGGUCACCGGCUACUAUGGGACUGUAUCUCCUAGCAUUAAUCCACUGCCUUGUGGAUUAAACAUCUAGGUCGAAGGCUCGGGAAGUGGCCCCCUAAGAAAACUACCUGCUUCGGUCUGGGCACCCGGACAGUAUCCAAGCCUUCACACAAAUCGAAUGAUGAAGUGUGGCACAUAUGUAUUCGAUUCCUCCUUGUACCAAUAUUUACGUGUUUAAAUAAAAAAAUAAGAACAGGUUGUAAGAGUUAACCUGAUGAAAAGUUUAUAUUCAUGAACAUAUUGCUAACUCACAUUUGAAUAGGUUCUUAUUUUAUUAGAAAUAUUUCACUUAAUUCUAAAUUUCUUAUCUCGCGUGUAUAUGUAUGUACUUACUUAUUUUUUUCGUGAAGAAAUUUGUUGAAAUAUCGUGUGAUGAGAAUUUUAUAUAUCACUAAACAGAUACUAUUGAAUAAGUCCAUGGUUAUCAUUAUUAUUAUUAAUGACUGAGGUGGAUUCUGGCAAAUAAUGACUCGAGAUUUUGUUAAAUGACUUGAAGUAGUAACGAUCGGGGAUUCGAUACUCGUGAUAAAAUGAAGAUUGAAAAUAAAAAUUUACUAAGCCUUUCUUGCACGUUUGUGUAUUGUUUUCUUUCUUAUCAUUACGUGCAUUAUUAUUUGUCAGCCUUAUACUGCUCCUAUGUUGUUUUGUGAAAUACAUUCUUCAAUGUCAUGGUUUUAUCUCGAAUAACAACAAAAUAGCACAUUAAUUUUCUUUGAUGAAUUUAAAUCCCUUAAAAUGUGUUAUGUAAUUAUUGAGUUGAGUUUUCGUGUUUUGAAAUUUCAGCUUCUUGAUACAAGGAACCUAAAGAUUCAUUCAGUGCACGUAAAUUCGGAACCAGUGAAAUGGCAUUUAAAACCCAUUACUGUCCAAGCUUUUGGGUCUUGUUUAGAAAUAAUACCAAAUACAGCCUCAAAUAGGUAAAAAUAAAUUCGAAGUGGAUCUAGAAGUGGUAGUUUGUAGCUUAUUUUCUUGUCUGUUAUAAAUUUUUCGUUAGUUGAUAUUUUGGCAUAGAAUUCGCGCCAGAAAAGAAAUUAACUAAACUGCUAUUUAUAGAUGCACCAAUAAUUAAAUUCAGUAAGAGAAACCUAGUGCUUCAAGUGUUUGGGAACCCGCUUGUCCGUAGUUUCAAUUGCAACGAACCCGUAACUCUUGAACUUAGUUGUAUGCAAACCAACCGUAUCCGAAAUAGCGAAGCCAUAUUGCCAGCCCAUCUACCGUACAAAGAAAAAUUACUAAACGGCCUUUCUUUUAAAAAAUGGAUACUCACGCAAUUUCACUGAAAUACCCAUCAAACUCAUCACAAGUACAAAACCAACCGUGGUGACCAAAAUACUGGUUAUUCCACCAUAACCGAAAAACAUAAGAGAUUAAAAUGGGUCUAUUGUUGUUUGUGGAAAUAAGUGUGACUUACCAGCUAGGAAAAUUUACCUUCUGUACCAUUCAUAAAGCUGGUAGCUUAGUGUAAAAGCUUCUACGUAAUCUGUAAGUUGUAUUGUUUUUGUAAAUAGCUUAAAUCUUGUUUGAAGUGCUAUUAUUUCUCAUGUAUGAGUGAGUCUUGGAUGUGACUCUCAAUUUAUUCCAUUUCUCAUAGGUACGAUGUCAAAAUCGACUACGAAACUUCUCCAGAUUCUUCUGCUCUCCAGUGGCUAGGACCACAGCUUACUGCUGAUCGACGUCAACCGUUCAUGUUCAGUCAGUGUCAAGCUAUUCAUGCUCGUAGUCUUCUACCUUGUCAGGAUACUCCAACUUCAAAGUUUCCUUUCGAAGCUAAGGUAACUGCUCCAAAGGAAACCGUUGUCAUCAUGGGUGCCAAACGAAUUGCAGAGCCGUUUUUGACCGACGAUAACCACCUUACUUACCACUUCAAACAAAGUGUUCCGAUCCCCAGCUAUCUGAUCGCUAUUGCUUGUGGGGAUCUAGCUAGCAGAAAAAUUGGUCCACGUUCGUCUGUAUGGGCUGAACCCAGUAUAGUUGAUGAAGCAGCUUAUGAAUUCAGUGAAACAGAACAAAUGAUUUUAGCAGCUGAAAAUAUCUGUGGACCUUAUGUGUGGGAUAUAUAUGAUAUCUUGGUGCUACCACCAACAUUCCCCUAUGGUGGAAUGGAAAAUCCAUGUUUAACAUUUGUUUCACCAACUUUAUUGGCUGGUGAUCGAUCGUUAGCUAACGUAAUCGCUCAUGAGAUCGCUCAUUCAUGGACUGGUAAUUUAGUAACAAAUUCGAAUUGGGAGGAUUUUUGGUUAAACGAAGGACAUACUGUGUAUUUGGAACGCUUAAUUGAAGAACGUAUUCAUGGGUCGCAUAUGAGGCACCUUCAUUUAAGUUUAGGCUACAAGGAACUGUUGGAAGAAGUAAGGUGUAUUAAUUUAACUAAACCCCAUUAAUUAAACGAGGGGAUUUUUGAACCUUUAUUUACCACUUCAUUUUAUGGAGCAAGUAGUAUUACUUUGACGAUCCGUAAAACGCUAAAUUUUUUACCAACUUAAAAUUACUGUUCGAAUGUUUUUGUUUCCGUUGUCUCCCUUUAUGUUCCACAGCCCACGAAUUUCAUUAAUGCAAUCAACAAAGCUAUUGUUUUUGGAUUUUUUUCUUUUGUUUGUUUAAUGAAGUAUUCUUUGGCAGAUAUCUUUACCGCCAUCACUAGGUCAUAAAUUUUAGUGGAGGAUAAUGAGCAACCAGUCGUUAUUACCAGCUAAUACUUAUGCAACACUUGGCAAUCAUUUUCAUCUACUUGUAUGGUGAGAUUUGUAACCUUGGCUUUCCCCCUUGUGGUGGUAAAUCGGUCGUGAAUGUUUCUGUGGCUUAAUUGAGCUGUACUGACUACAAACUUCUUUUCUUAUGAUCGCCACGUUAGCUAGACAAUGAAAAACUUAAAACCGAAAGCAGCUAAUGUGGUGUUCAAAAUACUAUUACACUUUUGGGUUUAUAUAUAGUCAAUUUUCACUGAUAAGUUCAAUCGUUUGGCAUCUCUGAAGCGUUUUUCAAGCCGAUUAUAACCUAAUGCGAAUUUACCUUCUUCAUCGUCGAAAUGAAUAGUUGAAGGGCUGUUGUAAAGUUAUUCCUCACCCUUUCCUCUCCUACGGAUUUUCAUCAUCCGUAAAAAGCCUCGUCUAAAAGCCAAACUCUGCAAAAUCACAAUCUUUAUAAAUCCCAUCUGCGAAAAUUUCCUUCUGCUAGAGCUUUAUGGAGUUUGAUAGAACAAUUCAGUAGUGCACAUUCAGUUCGUUUUCUAGCCAGGUCAAGAAUUUUCAGUUUAGGUAACCGUAAAGUUUUAAUUUCACACCAAACUUUAUGCCACCAGAAUAUGUACCGUUAUCCUUUUUCGGUCUGUGGUGUCUAAUUUCUACCUGUGAUGUGGGAUUGGCCUAUAAAACUGCAAAACAGUCGGAUUCUAGUAUGUGGUUCAUUCUAGCUAAGCAAACCUGUAGUUCAAUGGUUACAGUGCAUAACUUUUAGCCACUAGGUCAGGGGUUUGAACCCCGCUGUACCGUCUUCCGUUUCGGUGACUAAACAUUCUUAAAACCGAAUAUACAGACUUACGCUUGUUUACUAAGAUACAUCAAUAUUAUUAAAUUGCUACGUUUCCCAAUUUAAAUGUAGCGCCUCACUAUCUAUAGAAAUGCGUUGUUGAUUUUGAGUAAGAACAUCUGUAAUUAUAUGGAUAAUCAAGAUUUAUUAUUAUUUUUCUGAUGACCAUAACAAAUACGUAAGGCAAUUAUAUUAUUUUAACGCUUGUCUGUUACAUUAUCUCGUUAUCAUCACUUACAACUUUACCCCGAUUUCUCCCCUUUUUGUGAUUUUAUUUUCAGCACAAAUAUGCUAAUCAAUCUUAACUAUUAUGUUAAAUAUGUUGAUUCCUCUUGUUUCUUAAAUUGUUUCGAACUAAAUUUGAUUGAUUAUAGUAUGUAGGAACACUUUUUAUGAUAUUUCUAUUAUAAAUUUAGGCCGUAUGCAGCUGAUUAGAAGUCUUGAAAUAUAUUGAAUUCAUCUUGUCCUGCAAAUAUUUUUCUCUCUUUAUCUAACUUUAUCAAAGGAUUAGAAUGUAUCAGACAAAUAUGUUUCUUUGAGAAGAUGCUCAUUUUUAGACAUACAUUUACAUGUGACGUUCUAUUCCCUACUUUACGAACUGAUAAUAUGCGCCUGGAUAAACAUAAAGUAUCCAGCAGGUACAGUUCUUUUAGACGAAUCUACAGCAACAUUCAAUCUUUUGUACACCAUGUACACCUUGUACUCUAAUGCAUUUCAUACCUUCCAAAUACAAAUGCUGUUUCUUGGUGUGUCCUUAACGUGUAAUUUGGCUAUUGAAAGUGAAAUAAAUGAGCGUGUUAAUCAUUUAAGAUACUUCAAGAGGGUUAGAGUAAAGUUGGUGGAUAGGUUUUUGAUAAAAUCUCACUGCAGAUACUGAUUGCUUGUCCUAAACUACUCGUCAUAAAGUUCAAGGAGAAUCUUUGAACAUAUGUGCAUUAGUGCACUUCUGUCGAUUUUGUGGUUAUCAAGUGCACAUGUGAAAGUAGGAAACAAGGUUUCUAUAUACACUAACAACUUUUGAUAGGUCUGUAGCCUAGUGGCUUUUACAACUUUUAUUUAUUGAACCACGAGUUUAAGCUAAUAUAUCAUUAAGUUAGAUGAUUAUGAUUGAUACACAGAUGUACACUAAGUUAUUGAGUUACACUGCAUUUAGUAGUCAGAUUAGGAAACACUAACAACUAAAAUCUGACUUAUUUGGUUCUUCAAAAUUAACAGAUCAAAAAACUUGGCCCAUCGGAUCCAAUGACAAAGCUGAUUGUAGACUUGGAAGGUAUUGAUCCAGACGAAGCUUAUAGUCGAAUUCCAUAUGAAAAAGGAUCUCUUUUACUGUACUACUUAGAGACUUUAUACGGAAAAGAAUCUAUGCUGAAUUGGUUAAAAGCCUAUGUGAAACAGUUUUCUGGAAAAUCACUUAAUUCAAAUACUUGGUUGGAAUUUUUAACAAGUCAACUAGGUUCCGAUGUACUUAACCCGAAACAUCAGUUGGAUGCUUGGAUGCAUAGUCCAGGUUUACCCCCAUGGAUACCAAAGUUCGAUGCUGACGAGUUACUUUCAGAAUGUGACAGUAUGCAAAAAUUACUUACUUCAUCUGAUCUUUGUUCAAAUGUUACUGAAAUACAAAGUUUGACUCAACUGUGGAAUAAGAUGUCACAUGUACAACGUGAAUUAACUUUACGCCACGUUGUCGACUCUGAACCAAUAAAUGUUAAUAACUUAUGCAAAAUUGAUGAAUUAUUACAGUUAUCUAAACAGAAAAAUGCUGAGAUACGAGUACAGUGGUGUCUAAUCUGUAUUGUUUCCCGUCAUUUACCUGCGUUGGGUCACAUUUUUGAAUUUUUAAACAGUCAGGGUCGUAUGAAGUACACUCGCACCAUAUAUCGCGCUUUAAACGAAUGGCCAGAAGCUAAAGAGCGAACAAUAAACAAUUUCUAUGAACAACGUCCAUUUAUGCAUCAAACAACUGCAAUGCUGGUUGAAAGGGAUUUAAAUCUUCAUGAAAAUGGGAAACCUAUAUCUACUGCUUAAAUUCAGAUAAAUUUACAGAUAACAUGUAUAAACUUUGAUGUGCAUUAUAAUUGGUACUGUUGUUGUGUACCGAUUCAAUAUAUCAUUUCUAUGUUAUGGUAAUAAAUUAUUUCGUUUGGGUUUAUUUUUCAUAAAAUAUAAAAUUCUGUUUUUCCAUCCGAAUUAAGUAAUAAGUACAUAAAAUAAAUUUGUUGUUCUUGUUUUGUUUUUCAAGUCGAUAAAAUCAUUUUCAGUUUGUAAGGUACAAGAAGCUGGGUGGCUUGUACAAAUUUAAUAGUCACUAGGCUGAGUGCCUGUCUGUCCACGCGCAAUGAACAAUCACAUGGUGCUUUCACUACCACAUGUCAAAAAAGAAAAUUAUAUUUCAGUAUGGAGAUUUCUGAUCACAAUUAUAUUUGUUUAAGAGAGGUUGUAAGUACGUUAGUCAAAUUAUGACUACUAUUGAUUAAUUGGCCCUGAGUUUGGCCAAGAGGGGGGAGGAUCGGUUGAAGAUAUUUCUUUUGUACACAGCUUCAGUUUCGUAAUCUGAAUGGCUACUGUUCCCGCCAUUUGAAAAACAGUCUGACAGGCUUUGGCAAAAAAUGACUGACCCAAUAAGUCAUUGAAAAAGAUUGGCUUGUGCUGACACUAUAGCCAAUUUGGUCUAAAUGGGACAUUAUCGAACCACUCACCUUCUUCACUAGACCUUUGUUUAGCCAUACUGGGAAGUGUUCGCGGGAACGAAAAUGUAAAUUCCUAGAACUCCAACCAAUAUAACUUGCUCUACAAGAGCAGUGGAACUGAUAAAUACAAAAAUGAAGUGGUCAUUCUAGGUAACUCGUCUUUUUAGCCUCGGUAUCACCAUUGGGUGUGUAUAAAACACUGGUCCUAUUUCUCCGACGGUGAAUGACUGUUAAGUUGUUCUGCGUAAUCUGUGGACUAAUGUUUCGCUAGCUGCAUCACCUCUGAAUUUUAGGUCCAUGAAAAGGGAUUUCUUAUUCGCUGUUUGUAUCUCGCCUAUUCGGACCCUCGUGAUCGUAUACUCAUUCAUAAAUUUUCUGGGGUAUCAGUUACCCCUAAGUGCAUUAAGCAAGGCGUUUAGCUCUUUCUCAACUAUAUCAAGUUUCUCUGUACUGUAGAGGUACAAAGCUAAGGAAAUGUGUGUAGUAACCUGUCCAGGUAUUUUUUCUGUUUAAAUUCUUUCUUAUAAAUCCGUCAGCUCUCUUGGUUAAGAGAACGUUCCGAAAGGUUAUUCUACCUUCACUUUCUUCCUCAUAUGUAAACUUAAUAGCUGGUUCUACUUCAUUAAAUUGCCUGAUAACCUCUAGUUGUGAUGUACUAUCUUUACAGAGUGUUAUAUCCGAGCGAAGAUUGAACUACGGGUAACUUCCGUGGACUAUUAAUGGACAAAUAUUCUAUAAAUAUUCUUAUUGUAUAACUAUUCAAUAAUUAGAUUAUGUAUAUUUAUAUUCCUCUUAUUAUAAGCUUUAUUUUGACCUGUAAUUUAUUAUUGUACGACUUACGGUUCUUAAGCAAUGUUCAUUUUAUUGACUACUGCCUCCCACGCUCACAGCCACAUCUG